AGCUAGCUCUUUUAGCGAGUCGGCUAGUCGCUGCGACGCCGCUGCCUUCUGCCGCUUCGGUCUGUCGCAUCGGGGACAUUCGACCCUUCUGACUCCCCCGGCCUAUAAUACCUGUUUUUUAACCUCGGUAUCUUAACAUCAGUAAUUUAUCAUGAUAGAAGUUGAGUGAACGGCUCUUAAAUUGUAGGUCUUAUCGUUGGUUUUUCUAACCGAUUUGGCGGGUCUGGAUCGGGCUAACAAAGCAGCUAGCAGAGACACAGGCCACAGCUAGCUUAGCGAGCUACCGCUGCUGCCAUGGAAGACAAAUCUUUCACUAAAGAAUUAGACCAAUGGAUCGAACAGCUAAACGAGUGUAAGCAGCUAACGGAAAACCAAGUCAGGACACUCUGUGAGAAGGUAAGUUUUGUUUUCCUCAUAUCUCUUUCUACAUAAUUGUGCCUCACUGUAAUGUGGCCUAAAUUGCGAAAGCGGCUCAGACUAAUUCCUGGACUGACGCUACGACAAGGCGGCUUUUUUCGCCCCUUUACGACUCAUUAAUUCGGGGUUACGGGCUUUUGGAGAUACCCCAGUAGCCUAACUUUUGACUGCUUUGUUAUUGUGGCCUCAUCUUAAUCACCACCAGUUUAAAUUGAAAUACCAUGGGAAGUUUUUUCUUUCGACAAACGGUGUCAGAGGACAGAUAGGCCGAAGAACUGUAGCGUACCCAUCAGUACCAGUAAGAAGACGGGGCCCGUUUUACUAAUUAAGGCACAGUCAUUCUGGGAUGCAAAGAUCUGUCCCUUUUGAUCAUCUAUUAUUCAUUCACCGCUGUUUACAAUGAAUCACUUAGUUUGAUUAAAAAAAAACGUGUUGGGCCAGUGAUUUUCACCGCGCCCUGUCAUAAUCGAUUAUCUGUUAUAUUGCAUAAACCUGACUACCUCCGUUUGUAGACGUCACUUCAGGUUUGUUGAAUUAUAAAUAUCACUCGGUCCCCGGCUUUCCUUCAUCAUCGACCCACUUACAGCUUGAACAUCUAAUUUUUGAGUUCUUUAGCCUAGACCGCUUUGCCCUUUUAGUGGUAAAGAAAUCGUUUUUGCACCUUUGCUGUAAAUGAAUGAAUGACUUAAUUCAGACCUCAUGUGUUUAGGCAAAUGGUGUUUUAGUGAAUAAGAGGGACAAGCAUUAGUUGGUACCAGCUCAUGUGAGCCUCAUCCUGCCUCAGACCUGCAGAGUACAAUAAUUUUUCUCAGACUAACGUGAAGUUUUGGUAUAUUGAAUGAGAAAUUAAAGUCAUAUGUAUUAAAACUGAUUUUAUUUUCUUAAAGAUAUGCAAACUGUGAUAUCCUGGACAGAAACUGUGAUCAGUUUUGUAUUUAAUUUUAAAGGUUUCAGUAGUGUGCAUGAUCCGUGAUUCAGUUUUUUAAAAGCUGAUGCCAAUACUGACAAGACAGCGUGUUGGCCGAUGGCUGAUAUGAAAUACGAUAACUAUUUUUUUCUUACAGCACUUUAAUAAUACCAACAAACAGGGAGCAAGUGCUAAACUCGAUUCUACGCAAAUAUAGAUACCUGUGUGUGUAUGUGAAACGGCCCUAUGACCUCUCAAAGAUCAUCUCUUUAUUAAUUGUAGCUCACAUUUGUCCAUUUCCACCUUUUUCCUUAAAUCUAGAGAGGAUGAACUUUUUUAUUGUCUGAGGUGAUAGCCGUGACAACCCCAACUCCUGUCAUUGCAGGGUCAUAUUUUGAAAGAUGUAAUAAUUUCAUCUGGUCUCCAAACAGGCAUAUAGCUUGGGCACUCUCCUAUGUGUAGUAGUGUUUUUCACCAAAAUGGGUGAAACAGUUCACAGUCCCAAAUUGCAUGUAGAAAUGUGCCUGUUCCUGUUUGACAUUUCCAACUUGGAUAAUUGGACAUCAAGCCUGUUCUAGCAGGAGUAAAAUAAAAUCAGCGUAUUACAUUACCUUGUACUGAAUGGCUAUCAAAAUCUCCACAGUUCUCAAGGGCAAGUUCACAGUAUGAUAGUUAUUCCAAUAUUUUAUGAAAGACAAAGAAUGACGGGGAAAAAGAUACAUGUAUGUAUUUUUUGGCUUCAGAAACUCAGGAAAAAUCACAGGAGAACACUAACAUCCUACACAUUUCAGGAUCAAAUACUCUACUUGCCCCCUUAAAAGCAAUACGGAGGCCUGUUAGGUCAUACAGUUUUCUCACACCAGAGUAGCCUAACUUUAAAGUUACACAUUGAUUUGUUUGACCUGAUUUAUUGUUUGUUUGUCUGGCAAAUUGAACCUUUUCUGUGUUGUUUAAAAAUGAUUAAAAUCUGCUUCUUUCCUCUUUAGGCCAAGGAGAUCCUGACCAAGGAGUCCAAUGUUCAGGAGGUGAGAUUUCCCAUGAUCCUUUUGUAAAGACUGAACUUGUACUAAUUGAUUUUAAGUAGUAAACAGCUGUUAGAUACAUUGUCACACAACAGCCUUCAUCUCAUUAGUCUUAUCACAGAGCAGGAAGAGUUUUAUACUAGAGAACUGAAACUCUGGUUAGUGAUGAUGAAAACAAGGGUAUUUUUUGCUUGACAGUUUAGGAAAAUAAAAUGUUGAAAUGAUUGAAGAUGAGUUUGAUAUAAAAACUGUAAAUGUAGCUGGACUACAUUUCAUUUUUUCCAUGGUUGAGUUAGAAGUUUUGUUGUUUUGGCAGUAAGUAAUAAUUUAUUAUUGUAGUGCAAUACAUUACAUUUUUACAUUGCUGGAGAAAAUUGUUCAUUCCAUCUCUGAAGUUUGUGCUGAUGAAGUUGGAUGAUUGAAAACCUAAUCUACACAAUUGAGGUCUACAAAAAUGGUUCUCUUUUGUAGAUUUGAAAAGCGCAUGACACACAUACCUUUACCAGUGACUGGGUAUAGAAGAUCCAGAUUGAUCUGGACUGUUUCAAACCCACAUUUUAUGGGAUUCUGAUUGUAAUCAGGAACAUGUCAUGUUCUGUAUUGAAUGGAAAUGGUCUCUUGAAAAAUGGACAGCUUUGUUAGCUUUUGAAAUUCAGCUAUUCAUCAUCAAUCAACCGUCACAAUCGUCUUAGGAAAAUGGUUUCAGCUUAAGAGAGUCUAAACAAAAUCAAAUUCCCCUUAACAGUCUGCUGGAUUUUAAGUAAACACAGAACCAGAACUAUUCUAAUGAUUCCUAAAAAAUGUAUCCUCUUGGCACACUCUAAGUAGGCUGUUGGGUAACAGCAAUGCCAGCAGGACAGUAGUAUAGCCUAGCAGUCAAACUUUGUGCCCCACAUACAGUCCUUGAUGCAGCUGCUGCUGGUUGAACUCUUGGCCUCAGACCCUUGCUGCAUGUCUUCCCCCACUUUCUUCACCCCACAGUUCUAGUUGCUCUUCAGCUUCCCAUUUAGUAAAAGCGCAAAUGGCCUAAAAAAUAACAUUACAAAACGGCAAUGUCAACAUCUUCCCUGACUGUUAAUAGGACACCUGCAAGCACAGUAUAUGGGCUUGACUGAUUAAUACAAGCUUUAUAGAUAACUUAAGUCCCCUGGUUUGUGAUGGUCUUUUGAGGACUGUUUACACUGAAUAGCAUUCAUUAGGAAAAAAAGAACUGUUGUUGCAUUUUGCUGUUCCUUCACACUGUAACAGCAUUUUUGGUAGCUGAAAACACAAACUUGUGAAUCUUUUUGAACCGCCUUUUUCAGCUGAAACUGUCAUAACAUAAAACCUCUGAAAACAUUAUCACUAUUCAGCCCCAUUCACAUGCAUAUAUUUUUUUCCUAGACUAAUAGCCUGAUCUAAGUAGGAACAAUAACGGUCGACUACCAAGCUGAGUUUGUAAAGGGUUUGUUUAUGCCACUCUUACUUAAUGAAAAUAAUUCAGUGAGUUAUCAACGGUGAAUACUUUAUAAUAAUAACUGAAUUUUUAUAGCGCUUUUAAAAACAGAGGUUUACAAAGUGGUUUGACAAAUAGUCAUAAAGCACAUGAAGGAAAUAAAAACAAAUAAAAACAGAAGUUCAGUUAUUACAAGGCCUCAGAAUUGAAGGCCAUUUUCAUAUGCCAUAAGGAACCCAGACAGUAUAAGAACCACACAACAUAAAAUGAGACCAUGAGGACCAAAAUAAAAAAAAAAAACAUAAAAUUGGUAAGAAAAAGAGAAUGCAAUAAAAAGGGGAGUUGAAAGCGGAAAACAGGAUAGUAAAUCUAAAAAGACACUUUUACUAAUGACAGUAACUAGGGCUGGGUUUAAAAAAUCGAUUAAAUCAAUUUUAAUUUAUUUCCCUUUAAAAACUUCAUGUAAUUCAUAAAAUCCAACGAGCUUUUAACUCGAGUAGUUUUUUUCUCCAUUGGACGUGCGGAAAAGCUGCCUCAAGUAUCAACCCUGCUAGUCUUGCACAAUCAGCGUUUAGUGCUGCUUUCCACCAUUUUCCACGGAACAAGAUCUCCAACAGGCAAGCAAACAUGGUGUAAGCAAGUCCACCUCUCAAGGCACCACCGACGAGUUUAAAAGCUGAUGUUUGGAUUUAUUUCGAAAUUUAACAAGUUGGAAGAAAACGAUAAGAAAAAAAUAGUAUGCUAAAUUUGCAAUGGGAAGGUAAAAUACAGUGGCAACACGAUGAUUCUCAGCAAUCAUUUGACAAGACAUCACCCAGAAACAAAGUCAGCACGACUCAAACAAACCAGCCUGGAGCAGGUAUUGGUUUGUACCAGGUACCAGUGUCCCAUUCAAGUGGGUUUUUUCCACUACUGGUGAUAUUGCCACAGCAAAAAGGAGCUGCCUAACUCCUCAACAUGAUGAUCAGCGUUUUUCAGUAUUACAUUGUAUGUUAAAAUACAAUUUACAAGACCACACCUCUAAAAAACCUGACUUAUUGAACAAUUUCAUUUCCCUUACAUUUAUCCAUCAGUCAAAAGAGAGUUGUUUUUGUUCUGAUACAGUUGUGUGUCUCACAACCACUGUGGUAUUAUUGCACAAAACUGGAAGACUUGUUUAUAUUAUGGUUGUAGCUGUAGUUGGAAAGUGACUCUAAAACUCAGAGGUUCGAAUGAGUAGCUAAAAUCAAAUCUGAGUAAAAUGCUGCCCUUGCAUCUUUUAACUGCCUUUCAGUAAUUUCUUAUGGAGUCUCUCCACAUUUCAAGGAAAACUACCAAUCCAGUUUCUUCCAUUUACGUCAAUUUCUUCUACAUAUUUUCUUUAGUUCAUGUGUUGACUUCGUGAAACCGGGACUGGGGCUGUUUGUUUGAGCUUUUCUCUUGCAGAGGAGCAACAGAGUCCAGGAUGGUUCCACAAGUAUUGUUAAAAAGAGAGACAAGCUCUUCAUUGUUAAAAACUGGAUUAAAUGUGGGUUGAAGGGGCAGUUAAAGAUGCAGAGAUGAAAAGCUCUGAAAACAUGCUGGCAGACGUUGCAUUAAAAACCCUUCUAUAAACAGGAGGAUGAUCAAUAAAAGGAGGCUGGGAUAAAACCAUGGAGAAUAAAACCAGUUUGUGAUCUGACACACAGAUAUCCUUUGUUAAAAACUCCCCAGGACUUAGUCCAGUCAAUAAAACCAAAUCUAGAGAGGUUGGUUCCUGUAUUGCCUGAAUUAGAUCAAAGGAGUCCAGAGUUUCAAUACAUAUAACAUGGGAUAGAAACUCUGAAAACUCUGGAGUCGGCUAAGUUUCAGUUCAAAUAAAAAGUCCAGGCUCUUUUGUGAGAUACUUCUAUGUGUCCUAUGUGCUGGAGAUGAUUGUUAAGCAGUACAUCGGCUAGAGGGUCCUGCACAGACUGAACAGUUACCCUGAAAACCAAAGAGUCAAAGUUUUAUGACAACAAACACUUAAGAUAAAGGGGCUUUUGGUGACACGAGAAAAUGGUCAAACCAGAGGCCCCAUCACAGACUAGAGGUCUGUAAAGCUGCUAACCACUUCAUGCCAGGUGGAUGUAGGAUUUAGUUUUUUACUAUGAUGUUAUGUGUUGUGUUUUUUUUACAGUCUAUGGUCUCUACUGUUUGCUUCAUUACCCCUGUGAAACGUGUUACUGUAGCAUUUGGUGUGUAUCCCUAAGCUUGCAGUAGAAGCACAGAAAUAUGAAAUAAUGGUGAAGGCUGUAUCCAAUGUGGAGCAUAAAUGAGUCUCAACACAAAGUCUACAUUUUGUACAUUACAUUCCUCUGUGUCCCUUUGUAUGUUUGUUUGUUUGUUUCGGUUGAACUAUGUCUUUUUGCACAGGCUCAGUUUAGAUUCAUUUUGAAGUUACACCAACCACAGCUGGUCUUGCAUGCAUCACGAGGCAGGAAUGCCAUUCACAUGAAAGCAGAUUUGUUUUUGAAGUGCAAAGGAAAGACCUCUUCUUCUAUUUUGAAUUUGCCAGACCACCCGAAACAAGACCUCUGAGACUGCUGGUUUCCUUAAGAUGAUGCAGUCUGCAGAAUCUCAGCUCUUAGCUGUCAAUUUACUAACUCGUGAAGAAACAUAGGACUAGAUGAUUUGGCAAAAGAAAUGAUCACGAUAUAUUUUCUCAUAUCGUCCAAUCUCGAUUAUUAUCACAAUUUUUUUGUUUUUAAACUUCCAGUUUUAAAGCAUCUGUACAAAAAACUAAAGAAACAAGAGAUUACUUCAACAUUUGAUUAACAUACAAAGUAAAUAACAAAGCAAAUUGAAUAAGAUACACUUAGAAAAAUAUAAAAAACAUUUUAUGUAGAUAAAUGCUUAAGAAUACAGCGAACUAGUUUACAGUCCUGACUGUUUUUGCAGGUAUGCAAGACUCAAAAUAAACAAAUGCCCCCCUCAGGGAUGACAAAGACGCCUUAAAAUGUAAACAUCAGAUAAUGUAAAUGUAGAUGAGACGAUUGAUUGCUGCUUUGGUCUGGUGGCUGCAUCGCUGGUUGUGGCUAAACUGUUAAUGCUAAUUGUGCCGUAGGCAGUGACAGGCUGUGCAGACUCUGCUCACGUUUUCACCCUCUGCAUAAUCACUCGGGAAGUACUUCUUCAAAUGAUGAAACAGAUUUGUUGUUUUGCCAGUUUUUGAGGGCACUGACCGCUAAUAUACCUUGCACAUCGGCUUAAUUGCUUGAUGCCACUUUGUAGAUACCUGAACCACUACCACACAACAAACAUUGAAUAACUUUUCUUCUAAGCAAUAAAAUCUUCAGAGGAUGACUCGGAGUCAUGACUGACAUCUAUCUCGCUGCCCUCAGCUCUGCGUCUGCUCCACAGUCGGUCAUUCUGUCUACUUCUCCUGUUUACUUCUCUGGUAACUUACAGAAGUAAGCAGGAAAAGUUCGACUCUGAUUGGCUGUUGUAGGCCUGGACGAUAUAGAAAAAAAGCAUAUCGAUAAAAAAUAAAUCAUAUUGAUCGAUAUCGAUAAUUAUCGAUAUAAUUAUUAUAAUUAUUUAACAUAUAUUUUAAUGGCAGCCCUGGAUGUUUUAUGCUAUUGCUUAAUGACCUACUUUUAAUAAAGAACACACAAGCACUGAAUUCAAAUUCAAACCUUUAUUCAACCACCUUUUUUAUUUUACCACAACUGAAAGUUUUUCAAAAAAGAACUAAAAAAAAAAAGAAAUCAACUUAAGUGGCCUGAGUGACGUCAGUAAAUACUGACAAACAUAAAGACUAAAGUGACCAGAAAAUCUGAUAAAUAAAUAUUUAAAUAGUCUUUUGAUGAAAAUAAACAAAACAAACAAAUAUAUAAAUAAACAGAAUAGCUUUAGGUGGGAAUAGCAUACUACCAGUUUUAACUGUGGGAAACUGCCCACAGCCUGGUGUCUGAACACUGAAAUAUUUCUCCCGGGGUCGGGAGAUUUUUUUUUUUUAAUUAUCAUGUGAUUGACUUAAUACACAAACUAAGCACGAGAAGCAGGACUUAUCCACGCCGGUGUUGUGUCGUAGAAUGCACCCCUGCCGAAUGCACCCCCUGCUGUAGCCAUGAUCCAAAUACUCGCGUCUUGGUAAAAUAUGAGCUAAUUUUCUUCCACUUUAAGAAGCUAAUGAGUGGAUGGGAUGCAGGGGUGCAUUCUACGGUACAACACCGGAACGUAUUUCCUCCGCACCCUUCUCACCUUUUCAACCCCUGACCCAUUUUCAUGCCUGAAGCGCUGUGUUUGAGAAAUACUUGCGGCCGGGCACUUCAUAUCGCGGGUCGAGAGUGGCUAGAAGCUGGUCGAAGCCAGGCUUUUCAACGGUAGUUAUUGGCAGUAUGUCCCUUGCUAUGGAGCAUGUUACUGCAUGGGUGAUGUCCUUAUGCCGCUCGGACGCUUUGUCGUAUUUUGGCAAGAAACGAAGUCCAGUUUGGUCUGCUUCACAUGCUUUGUGCUGGCAGCGGUUCCAGAGGAUUCCUCCGACGAUGACGUGGAGCCGCGGCGCGGCCGACACAGCUCGUGCUCCUGCGGGUGCGAUCGGUUUAGAUGGUAAAACAAGUUGGUUGUGUUACCAGACUUGGUUUUUACUAAUUCUCUGCAAAUUUUGCAAACGACCGCUGUUCGCUUUUUUCAGACUUCUAAAAACCAAAACAUUGCCAUGCUGGUGAACUACUGAAACCUUUUUUCGGGACAAUGUCCUCCGCUUCUCCUUGCUGUAUCAUUUUUUCUAAUACACGUGCUGUCUGUUGUGGUUUGAUAGGGGCUGGGCUUGGUGCCGUAGCGUACCUGGGUCUGCGUUUGUGAUUGGUUGGGAGGAAGUAAUGACUGUAGUAAAAGCUACAUGAUAGGCUAUGAUGAAAAAGAAAGGGAAACUGUGUUUUUCUAUCGAACUUUUUAUCGACCCGUUUUUUUUCUAUCGCACCACACGUCUAUCGAUCGAUAUAUAUUGUUAUCGAAUUAUCGUCCAGCACUAGGCUGUUGUGGCGCACAUUUCCGCCAUGUUUGAUCACGUGAAUAUGCUCACAGCUGAUCAUCGCGAUCGAAUCAUGAGAGAUUUUAGGGGGGUACAUGAACCCCCAUUGAAGGAAUGUGCUGCUCCUUCUCUGCACUUUCUCUUAUUCACAUGUGAGAAAAAACUCUGUGGAAGCGACUACCUCAGAUGGACACUUAAUGACAAACCUCUUUGAAGAGGAUGGCUUAAGUGUUACACUGUAGAAUAUUAAAACAGGAAGACCCAACAACCAAGUGCACCUCUCCAGAGGGUCUCCAGCCUACAACUGACAAUGUGCUCACUUUACUCUCUUUACAUCCACUAUGUCAGAGCAGAUCAGUCUCGAGUUAAAACAGCGCCUCUUUGUAUCCGAAUUUAAUAUAUGUCUGUUACUAGUUUAACCAAAUGCUUCAUUCUUCUGGUGUGUUAGAGUAAUGUAAAAUAGAAAGUUGGAAGCAGGUAUUCAGCUGAAAGGGACUGAACAGGCUGCUCAUGUAGAGCGUUGGACAGUGUCCAAACAGCAUCCGAGAGGGAACUGGAUUCAAAGUGUUGAAGCUUUUUAUCUGUGAACACCCACAGGUAAAGGUGAAAGUUGUUCCCUUUUCCGAUAAGAACAUUUGGUACUUCACUAUUUGACACGUUAAGUAUUGAAUAAAGUUAUUUUUGCCCACGGUUCAUCUUUUAUAGCGGAUGUUUUAGGGAAAUAACUUUAUCUGGAUCAGGCUGACUCUCAGUGUUGUUCCCCCCCGGCUGAAGCAGGCUAAACUUCAGCAGCUUGAACAAAAUAACACUUUGUUUACACUGCAAACUCUGUGUCUGCUGAGUUGCAUGCUCUCUCUCUGUGACUGUUUUAAAAAACAUAUUGAAUUAACUAAGUCCUGAGUUUAUCUUACAAUUCUUAAAAUGGUACUAACUAGUGCUGGGCGAUAUGGAAAAAAAUGUAUAUCACGAUAUGGAUCAUUUUAUAUCACGAUAACGAUAUAUAUCACGAUAUAGCUAUGGUAUGCUUUCAGUUCUAUGAAAAAUUAAAGUGUAUACAGCUGCCCUAGUACAGUACCAGUACAAGACCAGCACUUAAAACUAGAAAAAUGAAUAAAUAAAUACGUGGCUGAAGUGCGUUCAUGUCUGUGCUCACCCAAAGUUAUGCAACACUCACAGAAAACGCAGAUAGUGUGAGCCAAAGCCCUCCAUAAUAAUAAUAAUAAUAAUAAAUUUAAUUUGUAAUGCACUUUACAUUUACAAAAAAUCUCAAAGUGCUACAGUACACAGUAAAAAAAGAGCAGCAACAAUAAAAAAAGCAAUAGAAUGACAGUCACAGAUUGGCAUAAAAAAAGAAUUAAAAAAAAUAAGAAGUAUAGAGUUGCAAUGUAAGAGGCAAGGUAGUAAAAGCAUAAAGCAUAGAGGAAAACUAACCAAAGGCUUUAUUAAAAAGGUAGGUCUUUAGGGCUCUUUUGAAGAGGUUGUUCACACUGCUAGAUGUUUCUCCUCCAAAGCUGCUCUCUGCCUCCAUCAUUGUUUACUUUACUCUUGAAGCACGUAGCAAGACCCGAGCAUGAAUCCGAGCGCUUUAUUCACCUAUCAGGGGCAGACAGGUCAGGUGAUUUGAUUCGCCACGACUCCAGAAAUGAUUGAAAAACUACAGAAUGUCACAAAAUUACGUUUCCUCGCUCCUGGCUUGAAGGGUAGAAAUGCGCAGCCGCGCUCCCAGCUGACAGGAAGUCAAACCACUGUUGUAGUUCUUUUGUGUUGCUAGCGCGGUCAAGAGUGUUGGCUGUCACUGAGAGAUGACUACAAAAAUGGACGCACCUGUUCAUCUGGUUGUUAAACACGGCUGAAAAUGAUCAUCUUUUAAUGUUGUCCCCGCUCCUGCCCACUCCCGUUGCUUUUUUUCCCGUCCCGUCCCGAUCAAAGGAUUAACUAAAAAAUGACUCCCAUCCCGUGGGAAUCAUGUGACCCACGGGAAUUCCCGAAAAAUGUCAUCCUCUACAGGGAAGGUCCCGGAUCGCGCUCCGACUUGCUCCUGCACAAAUUAAGCACUGCUUACAAUGAUCCCCUCACGUGUGUUACCCAGGUAACCCACAACGGCGGGAGACGCUGGACACGAAGAGGGCACGUAAAGCGGCGUCAUGUCGCAAAAUCGAAAGAGAAAUGCGAGCCUACAUGUCAACGCAUCCUUUUCUUUGUAAGAAAACGUUGUUUUCUUUCCCGUUCGACACCAAAUACACUUACUGAAUGUGCAGUUAUUGUUGUUGUUACUAUGAAUCAUCUGAUGGCACAAGCCCUAUGGAUAAAAUACAGCCUAUCGCCCGAAACGAUAAAAAUAAAAAUGGCACGAUAGACAUUUUCUAUCGUGCCCACGAUAUCUAUCGUCCUAUCGCCCAGCACUAGUACUAACUCAUAAAGCACGAGUAACAAACCUACUUCAAAAACCACAGCUCGACCAAAAAGCCCUAGUUUCUCUUUGGAAACAAGUCAAAAGGAGCUCUGAGGGAUCAGCUAGUAAAACACAGACAAACCUUGUGUUUCUGACUUCAGUUACAUCAUAACCUAAACAACUGUGUCUAUGUUGUUGUGAGCUGAGAGUUAUGAUGGUCUACCAAUGCUCUAGUGACGCCACCAGCAGCUAAUAUACACACUUGAAGAGGCUCUUGAAAAGCCCAGGAACUUUGUCUUUGAUCACAUCCAUCAGGCAGUGGUGGAAAAACUGGACUCCAUCAGUUUCAGAGGAAAUCUGGCCUUUGAAUGAUGUUUUAAUCAAGAAAACUAAUGCCUAUUGUUGGAGGUCUUUCAGUGAUGGUGUUUUCUUCAUAUUCAGGUGCGAUGCCCGGUGACGGUGUGUGGCGAUGUCCACGGUCAGUUCCAUGACCUGAUGGAGCUGUUUAAGAUCGGAGGAAAGUCUCCUGACACCAACUACCUGUUCAUGGGAGACUAUGUCGACAGAGGCUAUUACUCCGUGGAGACGGUCACGCUGCUCGUCACACUAAAGGUAAAUGGUGUGUGUGUGUGUGUGUGUGUGUGGCUAGUAAAUCUCAAACGGUGUUUAAUUAAAUUCCUGAUGAAGCGUUUAAAAAACUAUCAGCCACAAAGGUCUAGAGUAUUUCUGCUGAGGAAUUGAAUUGAAACUGACCUUGAUACUGUUCAUUAUAUGUCCUCGAAUCUGGUGUUUUAUAAUUUGUGCUAAAUUUAGACAUGGGCUUUUUACUUUUCUUAUAAAUUUUUAUCAUUAAGCAGAACUUGUGACUGAUGUUUGACAUGUGUCUCAGGGCUUAUUGAGAUACAGAAAUUAGGAGUGCAAACAGAUGCUGUGCUCUGAGCUAAUAACUGCCUUUAUUUACCUACGUCAUUGUGCGCAGAGCAGGAGAAACAGCCUGACACUCUACUUAAAAAAAAAAAAAAAAAGGACCGCAAACUCCAUUUAGAAUCUCCCUCUGUAAAGCAACACGAACUGUUACCUCUUAGAAACUGCAGUUCUGCCAAUGUACUGACUCCAUACCUCUGUACUGACACAUUGAGCACCACAAUGGAAUAAUGUUAGCGCCCAUUAGUGUGUUUAUAGAUCUUACUCCAGCUCUGACGCUACACCACCAUCCUGCUGCCCCUGUUUAGCUUCUGCUUUUACCUCCUGUAAGAAUUAGAGACUACGUCCCACCAUGUAAUUCUCCUUGUGUUACACAUCCCACCUUAAAACGUCCAUGUAUAUAAGACUGUGGUGCUAAGAUCAACAGGAUGAAAAGCUUCAACGAGGAUCUUUUUAGCUGCAGUUGUUUUGUUUUAUUAAUUUAAAGAUCCUUGUUACUGUUUCUAGGCUGUUGGUGUAAUCUUGAAUAAAUACACCAAACUUCAAGCUAAAUUUUUUUUGAACUGUGUAAGGUGAGCCUUCACUUUCUAAUGUUUUCCCUGUAGACCACUAUGGUGAUGCAUGUUGCAAGUUGGUACUAAGUUUUAAUGAUCUUCUUCACCAUUAUAUCCUCAUAAGAUCAGAUUUGAGGUGUUCGGGUCUGGUGAAGGUCUUUUGUGGUUUUGAUUCAUAUCAGUCUGAGGAGCUUGAUCACCAAUUGAAGUGAGUGAAAAUCCCUCAGGGUCAAAGUGCUGUCUCUGUGACAGUUUAUGACUCUGAUAAGCAGGAAGAUGGCGCCUGUACCUGAAGAUCUGAGUGACCUGAUGUGGCCUUAGGGAAACUGAACUCGAGCAAACAAAGCAGAUCUUCAUUUGUUUUUAUGCGUCACAAGGUUCAUUCCUGUAAGCAGAAAACAGGAAGUUAGUGUGUUCAUUGUGUGCUCAUGGUUUUAUUACGUCAUAAACAUAUUUAUAGAGGUGUGACACCGUUGGUUAAGAGAGGACAUCGGCCAACAGAGAGCACCUUCCUAAAUCUCACAGACAAAACUUUUCAGAUUUAACUUCAAGGACUUCAGGAGCCAUAAGUUUUCAAUGUUUACCACAAAAUGAUCUUCUCUGGAGGCCAAGAAAAUAAAAAAAGAAUUCAACUCGGAUAACGGAGGUCCUUUUAUAGUUGACUGUUUUUUUUUAUUUGUAAAUAUUCAUUGAAAACUGAAAUCACUUUCACCAGAGUCCUGAAGUGAAAUACCUGACCAUGAUUAAUGCUGCAGCUGCUCAUAGUGCCUGAACAAAAACAAACCUUUUAUCCCAGAGCUGCAGGCGUGUAAAUUGUCAACCUAAAACACCAGAAUUGUGGUAAUUUAGCAGGUAUGUAACUAAAAACCUUUUUACUUCUAAACAAAUCCGUUAAGAAGUAAUCGACAGGUGAAUCAUGUUUAGAAAAGGCUCUUUGUUUUUGCAUGAAUAAUGAAUCUAUUACCCUUCACAGCUGCAUUCAUUGAGCUACAUUAUUUCAUUGAAUGGGUAUUCUGCUGAUAAUUCUCAGAGUAAUCUCAUAAAAGAGCAAUUUUUCUAUUAAAUGUAUUUUGCUUUAACUACUGUACUGAAAAUAUCCAUGUGGAGAUGUUAAUAAAUGUUUUUCACACCCUGUUUUGUUACUAGGCCUAAAUGAAUACACUUAUAGUUUAUUAGACGAAGACACAUUUAUUUAUGACACGUUAAUGUACUUGCAAAUGUAAAAUCUGAAUAACAGUGUAAUGAUAGUUGUGAAGGUAUUAUGUGAAGUCAGAGAAGGUAAUGCUCCCCUGGCCAUCCCUACCCAGAUCAGUGCUACAGCUGAAAGGUCUGGACACGCACAAACAUUUUACAUCAAUGCUUUUUUAUUAUCAUGUCAGCCUUUAUUACAUAUUAAAGUGAGUAAGCACUGAUUGUAGAAAGAUGUCUUCAUUCAACAUCAUUAUUAUCUCAGAGGCAGGUUGGUGUGUGGUUAGCAUGCCAUAAUCACAGCAUUAGGGAAACCUAAUAUGUUAAAAAAAGUGUAUAAACAAAAUCUCCAAUAGAAAAAGACUGAUGAAAGAAGCUGGUUAACCUUUUAUUAAACCCUGACAUCUGUAGAUUGAGAUAAUUGGAAUCCACAUCAAUCAGGUCAGGUUCCCUCUAUGGAAAUCUUUCACCGCAGGUCCACAUCACGUGGACUUCAUGUACCAGCUGAUUGUGGAAUUUAAUGACCACAACAGAAACUCAGCCUUCCCCUCAAAGGUUUAUCUUUUUCUGCUGUGUUCUGUGUGACUCGGCUUACUUUAAGAAGUCAGCGUUUUUAAAGAUUAUGUGAUAUGAUGUAACAGGUUUAUCCUGCACACAUAAACAUGUUUCUCAUGAAUAUGUAACCUGACUGAACUAACACUGGAAGGACUCUCAGAUCCCAGCCUGAACCAAGGUUUUCAAAACAUCAGAGCUGAGUCAGGUGAAAACUAGUCGACUAGAAUGUUAGUUUCGAUUAUGUAAAAUGACAAACUUUAUAAAAACUGCCCCAGUGUCUCACUUCCUCAUUUUGUGGGAAAGAUUUUACGAUACAAUAUACUUUAUUGUCCCUUUUGGGAAAUAUUUCUCAGGCUGAAGUGCUGCAUAAGCUUGACUGUGUCUACAAAAGUACCAUUGACUCAAACUAAUGAGUAAAACAAGGUAACAAUUGACCCCAUGCAAACUGAGAGCUCAUACCAAGGUGACCAGAAACAACAGGCGUGGCUCAGGACAUUGGCAUAAAUAUGAAAAAGAUCAAAAAUAUCAUGAUUGUUUGGCUUCUCCUUUUUAAACACUGCAAGGUUAUAUUUAAAUUUCAGCUAAAAAGAUCAAAUAGGAACAUUUAGAGAUGGAUUUAUUGAAAUCAUCUAUAUUUGAAUAGAAAUAAGAGACAUGGCUGCAACACAACGGUUUCCAUUGCUAAGUUCAUCAAAGUCAUUCAACCAUCUGUUGAGAAAAUGACAAAACAAAGUGUUGUCAGACUCAGAGUUUCCUGAAUUCCAGAGAAACAUCUUCAGACUUUAUUAGACAGCUCUCAGAGCUUGAGCUGAUCUUGACAUGAGAGGAAAACUCAUGUCAAGAUCAAAUCUUUGCAUUGCAGAGGCUGAUACCACAGAAUCUGUGCUUUUCCUGCUAUGUGAUUUCGUCUUUUGUUUUUUAACCUUUUAAUAAGAAUAAUGAGUUUAUGUAUAGUUUUGACCCGGUAAUGGACAGUUCAUUUUUCUGGUUUGUCCUCCAGGUCCGUUUCCAGGAGCGAAUCACCAUCCUGCGAGGGAACCACGAGUCAAGGCAGAUCACACAGGUCUACGGCUUCUACGACGAGUGCCUGAGGAAGUACGGCAACGCCAACGUCUGGAAGUACUUCACAGACCUGUUUGACUACCUGCCUCUCACCGCACUGGUGGACGGACAGGUAGGACACAGAGUCCGAUACAGCAAAGAGAAUGGGAAAUUGUGUUUAAGUUCUAUGUUCCUAUGAUGCUGGAUCAUGUAACGGCAGGUUGUUACAGAGAGAAAGAGCUUUUUUGAAACACCUUUAUGUUGUUUAUGGCUGAGAAGAUCUUUAGAAAUGACUUUGUUCUGCUUUUCGUUCAGAUCUUCUGUCUCCAUGGAGGUUUGUCUCCUUCCAUAGACACUCUGGAUCACAUACGAGCCUUGGACCGCCUGCAAGAAGUCCCACAUGAGGUACACAGAUACUUUAACCACCACAGUUAAAAAACACAUUAGUCUGAUUCUUCUCUCUUCUAGUUAGAACUCAUGUAAGGGGUCAUUCAGGUGUAAGAUUUCAGUUUAUCAACAGUUAGUGUUGAUUUAUAUCAAAUAUCUCUUAAGAAGAUCACAAAUAUGUGGUUUACUGCUUAAAUAUUACCCAAUAUUUUUAUUUGUUCAUCAGCCUUGCACAAAGCUUGAUACUGUGAACCUGAAAUGGCUCUCAUUUUUGUCCAUCAGGGCCCUAUGUGUGAUCUGCUGUGGUCGGAUCCUGACGACCGUGGUGGGUGGGGCAUCUCCCCCCGAGGUGCCGGCUACACCUUCGGACAGGACAUCUCUGAAACCUUCAACCACGCCAAUGGCCUCACUCUGGUGUCCCGCGCCCAUCAGCUGGUCAUGGAGGUGAGAGACCAUGGUUUUGAUAAAACUACCCAUUAUGUCUUAUUUUUAAACAAACACUGCAGGCUUUGUGAAGGACAUGGACACUGACCUGUUGACUAACACAGGGAGGCUGUCUGUCAAACUGUGAAAUGAAUGCCAACAUUGAAGCUGAAGUUAUCUGGUCCAUCUGUAAGUGCAGACAGCAGCUUGGAUCUGUGACUGAUUGGUGUAAAUCUGUAUGUAUUAUGCUGCAUGUUGCCAUAGUUUUUUCAGACUUUGUCAGCUUUUUUACACAUGAGCAAUCAGGGAAAGAAAGCCCUGAAGUAGAGGAAUUGGCUUGUGUCUUUGCCAUCACCGUUGGCUGACCAAAAUUUCUAAUGUGCCGGAAUUUGUCAGAUCAUCAGAAGCAGUCUGUUUCUGUACUUUGCACUUCUGACAGUGUGACCAAGCCAAAGUUUGGUCCCACUUCAAAAAAAUUGUUGUUUGUGAUUCAAAAAUGGUGUCAGAACAAGCUCCAGUUUGCCCAGUACAUACACCCAGUGUUAGAUGGUGCUUUGGCAUUACAUCUGGUGAAACUGUCAGUGAAGUCACAUGCACACAGGGCCGUCUAGUGAUAUUAUUCCUGAAUGUAGAGGACACAGGAUAAUCUCCAGUUUCCUGAGAGAAAAAGGAAGUUGUCCAAACUAGAGUGUCAGCAGGUCGCUGAAUAUUUUUGAAUUUGUUUUUUUUAUUUGAAAAUUGGGGCAUCAGGUGUGAAAAUAGAUCAAAUAACCUUUGCAUUUACUGGUGCCAAAAGAGAUUUCUGAUUUUGACCAAGAAUCAAAAACAUAUAACUACAUAGUAUUUAAUCAUGAAACCAAACGGCUAAACCUUCUCCCCAAGUAUUUAGAUCUAUUUUCUUUCUCUUACUGGUUGUUGCAGUCCUUUUUUUUCAUGUGAACAAGGUUCAAUCAUCUUUUCUCUCCAGGAUGAAAUCUGUCAUUUCAUAUUAAAAAUAUCUGCCUGGUGGAAAAGCUCUAACAAGCACAUUGAAGACUGAGGCUCUGUCUUUUCAGUGUUGUUUUAGUCACAUGUGCUUACAAACACGUGGACUGAAGAACCCUAAAAAAAAAUCCUUGUCUCCGUGGCAACAAAAUUUAAUGAAACUGUAAGAGUUUCUGCACCAGUUUCACUCCCACUGUUCUUCUCAGUGAGAGUCUCUUCACCUCACAGAUCACGCUCUGUGUGAAAAUGAAAUCCUCUCUGCAGCUGCAGCAAAGACGCCUAUUGUCUCUGAUUAUUGGCAUAAAAUGAGGUUCAAUCUUUUUUUCCUGAUGAGAUAGAAAAGUUUCUGAUCUGUUACACUUUGAGUCUAACUUUCACAUGUUUUUAAAUCUUCAGGGCUACAACUGGGGCCAUGAUAAGAAUGUGGUGACCAUCUUUAGUGCUCCAAACUACUGCUACCGCUGUGGAAACCAGGCAGCCAUUAUGGAACUGGAUGACACUCUGAAAUACUCUUUGUAAGUACUCGAGGCUGUGACAAAGCAAGACUUGAAUUAUGAGUCUGAUUCAGAGAAGAUUUCAGAUAUGGACUUCAAUAUUAUUUAAAUCAUUACAUAUACCAGAGACACAGUAUCUGUAUUUGUUUUACAUGCAAGCUAAUCAGAUACGAAUAGCUUUACAUAUAAAAGGAAAUGGAUAAAAACAUCAAUGAAGUAUCAGCAAAUCCGUAAUUCAUAUGUCUCUUUGGCCUUAAACUCACCACACGUACCAAAUAGAACAUUGCUGAAUGUUUCUCAAGUUUUUAAACUGUAAAAACUUUUUAACACAACUCUCUUCAACACAAACGUACAACCAGGGGUUGGACUUUGGGUUAUGCAGCUGCUGCACUCUCAUGCGAAACAUAGAAAAAUCCCAUUCUGGGGUACCUUGGGUGUCUUUUUUUUUAAGGAGGUUUCGGUACUGUCUAAUUCUUACUUGAAUAAUCAGCAUUUAAAAUUCAAAAUCAUCAGAUUCGGACUUGUCAGAGUCUAAAAUUCAGGUGUUGUGGUUCUGGUUUGAAAACCUUGAAAACCACUCAAACUUAAAGGUGAAUGCUACACGUAGGAAAACGGGUUAAAGUCAUUUCUUCAGAUUGGAAACAUUUCAUGGAUGAAUAUCUAUGAAAAUAACAUUUUCCUUCUCUGCAGCCUUCAGUUUGACCCUGCCCCACGCCGUGGCGAGCCCCAUGUGACCAGACGCACUCCUGACUACUUCCUGUGAAUGUCCAAAGCCACACCUGUCAAUCAUCCACGAAGCUUCACCCUCUUACUCCCCCGCCCCCCCACCCCCUCAUCUUGGAUGGAAAGAAGAUAUUAAUAAUAAUAAUACUGUACCAGGGAGAAUAGAAACAAACGAUUGGCUUUAAACAAAAAGAGAGAAACCUAAAGAGUGGCCCCCUCUACAGUCUUGUUUUCAAUAUGCUGUCUUUAAUGCUGUGCUUCUGGGGAAAACCAACACGUUCAACUAUGAUCUGUUUUCUUUACUUUCUAUUUUUGUUUAUUACAUGUUUGAAAACGAGAUAAUAAAACUACCAACGUGGACCAAAUGUGCCAUAUUCUGAUCCUUUUACAACAUGUACAACGCAUUGCAAUGUUUUUUUUUUUCUUUUUUUUUCUGUUCUUGUUUUGUUUUUUUAGACCAGCACUAUAACCCUACCUACCUGACGUCACCACCACACCACACAUCUCAUGGCAUAUGUGCUUUUUUCUGUUGCAAGAUAAUUUUAAAAAAGGAGAAAAAAAAGAGAAAAAAGUUUGCUUCAAGUAGAACAGCUGUCAGUUUUAGCUGUCCAGGCUGCAGCCAGUGGUCAUCUCAGCAAGUAUAUUACUGUAAUUUGAAUAAAGACAACAGACGUAUGAAUAAAAAUGUCCUAUUGACAAACUAC